CACAAACUGGAUUAAAUAACGUUCCCUCCUUUAUGUGGUUAUGUCGAUUUUCAAUUGUCAAUUUAUUAUUAUUUGUUUAUAUUUAAUAUCAAGUUGUUUAAUAUGGCACAGAAAAGCAUAACGUCAUUUUUCUCAAGAGCUCCAGCAAAGCCAAAAGAAAAUUUGCAAAAGUAAGUUGUGCAAAAUUAUAUUUACAGAUAUGUUUUCUGUACGUCUAUUAAACUCUUUAAACAUAUAUAUGAAACAUAAUAAUAUUUAUAAUUUUAUAAUUAAGUCGAACUUUUAUUUUAAUAAACCUUCUAUAUCAACAAUAUGUGUAUUGAAAUAUAGCACAACACAGAAGCGGAAACUAUCUUCCAGUGAAGAAGAAAAUGAAUCAGAAAAAAAUGGAACCAAGAGUAAGAGUGCUUCAAAACGUGUCUGCUCAAAUGAGUUCAAAAUUCAAAAUGAAAAAGACCAUGAUUGUGAUAGCAUAUCUAAAGUUACUAAACAUAAAAAAUGGAAUAAAAUAGUUGAUACAGAUUCGUCCAGUGAAGAGGAAAAUCGUAACACAGAAAACGAAAUGAAAGCAGAGAGUGAUGAAACUGGUCAAAACAAAAAGGUCAAUAAUUCAUUUUCUUCAGAUUCCUCAGAUAAAAAUAAAGAAAGUGGAAAGAAAACACCUAAAUCAACUAUAAAAACAAAUAAGAAGACUCCAAAAUCUGAUUCAAAAAAAUCUAAGGCAAGCACUAGUAAGAGCCCUAAAAUAAAAAUUGAGACUUCAAGUGAUAAAGAGAAACACAACAAAAAAAUAAAAGAAGCAAUUUCAAGUGAACGAGACCAAAUGAAAAAAAGCCCAAAGAUAAAGAUUGAAUCUGAUAAAGAUGAAAAUACAGAAGCCCUUAAUGAAAGUAUUUCUGAUGAAAAAAAGUCACCUCCGGCUACUAAAACUACGCCAAAAAAUACAUUUUCUUUAAAGAUUAAUAAUACAAAUGAUAUUGAAAAAUCUUACGAUCCAUCAGUAUCAUAUUCAAAAUAUUUACCAGUUGAGCAUGCUAUAUGGAAAGAAGGAGAAAAAGUUCCUUAUUUGGCCUUGGCUAAAACAUUGGAAAUGAUAGAGCAAACAAAUGGUCGUCUGAAAAUGAUUGAAAUAUUAUCAAACUUUUUACGUUCUGUAAUUGCUUUGAGUCCUAAUGAUCUUUUGCCAUGCAUAUAUUUAUGUUUGAACCAACUAGCUCCAGCAUUUGAAGGUGUUGAAUUAGGAGUUGCUGAUACAUACCUGAUGAAAGCUAUAGCCCAAUGUACUGGUAGAACAUUAGCUCAAAUUAAGGCAGAUUCUCAUUCUUUAGGGGAUUUGGGAAUAGUUGCAGAACAAUCUCGUUCAAAUCAAAGAAUGAUGUUUAAACCUGCACCACUCACUGUUAGGGGGGUCUUUGAUAAACUGAAGGAUAUUGCCAUAAUGGGUGGAACUGCGUCCAUGGCCAAAAAAGUGGAUAAAAUUCAAUCCCUUUUUGUUGCCUGUCGUGGUUCAGAAGCAAGAUACAUAAUUAGGUCACUGGCUGGCAAACUUAGAGUAGGUCUUGCAGAACAAUCUGUAAUUCAAGCAAUUGCACAGGCAUGCACUUUAACACCGCCAGAACAAGAGAGGCCUUGUAAAAUAUUAAAUUCUUGUAAAAACAAAUCUGCAGAAAGUACUAAGAGUACAAUUGAAGAACAGACUUUAAUAUUGAAAACUACAUACUGUGAAUGCCCAAGUUAUGAUCGAAUUGUACCUGUAUUAUUAUCAACUGGUUUGAAAUCACUUCCAACUCAUUGUCAAUUAAGUCCAGGGACCCCAUUAAAGCCAAUGUUAGCACAUCCGACAAAAGGUAUCUCUGAAGUUUUGUCUAGAUUUGAAGGCCUUAAAUUUACAUGUGAAUGGAAAUAUGAUGGUGAACGAGCUCAGAUUCAUAUAAAAGAAGAUGGGUCUGUGUACAUUUAUAGUAGAAAUCAAGAAAAUAAUACUAGCAAAUAUCCAGAUAUAUUGGGAAGAUUAGGAAAUACCAAAACAGAAAAUGUUAAAUCUGCAAUUCUAGAUUGUGAAGCAGUAGCUUGGGAUCGUGAAAAUAAAAUAAUAUUGCCAUUCCAAGUUUUAUCAACUAGGAAACGCAAAGAUGCUACAGAAGGUGAAAUAAAAGUUCAAGUUUGUGUGUUUAUGUUUGACUUACUGUAUUUUAAUGGAGAGUCAUUGGUGCGCAAGCCAUUCAGCAAACGACGAGAAUUAUUGAAGAAGAACUUUAAUGAAGUGCCUGGUGAAUGGCAACAUGCUACAUCUCUUGAUACGAAUACAAUAGAUGAGCUGCAAAUAUUUCUUGAUGAUGCUAUAAAAGGAAAUUGUGAGGGAUUAAUGGUAAAAACUCUUGAUGAAGACGCCACUUAUGAAAUUGCCAAAAGAUCUCGAAAUUGGUUAAAGUUAAAGAAGGACUAUUUAGCAGGAGUAGGAGAUACGUUGGAUGUUGUUGUUAUAGGUGGAUAUUUAGGUCGAGGUAAAAGGGCAGGUGUUUAUGGUGGAUUUCUUUUGGCAUGUUAUGAUGUUGAUAAUGAAGAAUAUCAAAGUAUUUGCAAGAUUGGAACAGGUUUCAGUGAUGAAGAUCUUCAAACACAUUCAGAAUUCUUUAAAAAACAUGUAAUUGAUUCACCAAGAUCGUACUAUCGUUAUGAUAAUCAACAUGAACCUGAUCACUGGUUUGAUGCAGUACAAGUAUGGGAAAUAAAAUGUGCUGAUUUGUCAUUGUCUCCAGCCCACAAAGCUGCAAUCGGAAUUGUUGAUCCAGAAAAAGGUAUUUCUUUGAGAUUCCCUCGUUUCAUUAGAAUACGUGAUGAUAAAAAUAUAGAAGAUGCAACAUCAUCACAACAAGUGGCAGACAUGUAUCAAUCACAAGAUCAAAUAAAGAAUGUUCAAUCAUUGAAUACAAAAAAUGUAGAAGAAGAUUUUUAUUGAUAAAGUAUUUAUUCUUAGUACUUUUAUAUCAACAAUUGGAUUUUAAUGUUAAAAUAUUUUAAAGUUGU